AUGCCAGCAUCGACAACCAGUGAUAACGCUGACGAGGAUGACUUCAUCGUUGAUAUCGACGGCAUUCAAGCUCAUGGCGUUGGGGCCGCCGACAUCACAAAGCUGAAGAUCAAUGGCUUCUAUACCGUGGCGUCUGUCCACGGAGCCACUCGCAAGACCUUACUGAAAAUCAAGGGCUUCAGCGAAGUAAAGGUUGAGAAGAUCAAAGAAGCAAUUCAGAAAUGCCAGCUUUCUGCUUCGGGUUUCAUAACUGCCAUGGAGCUUGGGCAUCAACGCAAGAGGGUAGUGAAGGUAUCAACGGGUAGUAAGCAGUUUGAUUCAAUCCUUGGCGGAGGAUUUCAGAGCAUGAGCAUCAGCGAGGUAUACGGCGAGUUCCGUUGUGGUAAAACGCAACUCUCGCAUACGAUGUCCGUGAUCGCCCAACUACCCAAGGACAUGGGCGGUGCCGAAGGGAAAGCGGCCUACAUCGACACCGAGGGCACCUUUCGUCCUGAACGAAUUGCACAGAUUGCAGAAAGGUUCGGCGUUGACCCAGACUCUACUCUGGAGAAUAUCGCAUAUGCUCGCGCAUUGAACAGUGAGCACCAGCUCGAGCUGCUCAACACGCUGGCAAAGGAGUUUGCAAGCGGAGAGUACCGUCUGCUUAUCAUCGAUAGUAUCAUGAACUGUUUCCGCGUGGAUUACUGCGGCCGUGGAGAGCUUGCGGAUCGGCAGCAGAAGCUGAACCAGUUUCUCAUGAAGCUGGCUCACAUGGCAGAAGAGUUCAACGUUUGUGUGCUGAUGACGAAUCAAGUGCAGAGUGAUCCAGGCGCGAGUGCCCUGUUUGCCGGUGCUGACGGUCGCAAGCCAGUGGGCGGACAUAUCCUUGCCCACGCCUCGACGACCCGGGUAUUACUGCGCAAAGGCAGGGGGGACGAACGAGUUGCAAAGAUCCAGGAUUCACCAGACUGUCCUGAGCGCGAGGCCACCUAUGUCAUCACCAACGGCGGCAUCAACGACCCCGAGAAGGUCGUACUCCCGGUACAGCUACCACCUACACCAUCCUUUGAAGCAGCAACGCACUACUUCUACAUACAGCCUCAUACCCCCCGUAUACCCGACGCAGACGCCCCCCGAUCGCUCUUCGUGGUCAACAUCCCCACGACCUCUACAGAGACACACUUCCGCCACCUGUUCGGCGCCCAACUCGCCUCCGGCCGCGUCGAGCGAGUCGACUUCCACUACGGCGCGACACCAACUCAAGCUAAGGAAGUAGGCAAGGGCAAGAAACGGAAACGAGAGACGGCCGAGGAGUGCGAGAGGACGCUGGAGACCAUCCACCUACCGCCAGCAUGGGACAGAGAGCUACGACCCAGCGGCUCUCACGCGGUGAUCACCUUCGUCGACCGUCCUGCGAUGGAAGCAAGUCUAAAGGCGAUCAAGCGGGCAUCAAGACCGUCUUCUACAAUAACAUGGGGCGAAGGGAUAGAUCAUAAAGUACCAUCACUAGGCACGGCACGGUAUACCAACCACCUCAACCAUCGGUAUCCAAGCCGGUCUGACCUACUGCGUUCCGUCAACGAGUACAUGACCGUCUUCACUCGGCUGGAGGAAGCGCAGGCGGCAGAAGCAGCUAGACAGACGCAGAUGCCGGACGAAGAUGGCUUCAUCACCGUCACUCGGAACCCCAAACGGAGCGGGGACGAGAGCAAGGAGGAAGAACUGCGGGCGCUGGCGGAGAGGCAGCGGGAGAAGAACAAGGGGCUGGGCGACUUCUAUCGGUUCCAGAUGAGGGAGAAGCGCAAGGAGAGGCAGGGGGAGCUGCUCAGGAAGUUUGAAGAGGACAAGAGGCGCGUGGAGGAGAUGAAGAAGCGCCGUGGGAGGGUCCUGAAUACACACAGUAACAGUAUAUAUAUAGUAGACAUGAGCGGAGGCUUCCUCCCGUCCCCCGCGCCCUCUAUCCCUCCUACACCGUCGUCAUCGUCAACCCUGCCGACCCAGCGCGAGCACCCUCUCCGCCCCGGCUCGACCAAGGAGACGACGGUGCUCAACUACAUCGACGCAGCCCUCCUGCGCAUCAACCGCCGCCACGCAAAGAAGUUCAGCAAGUCCUACUCUGAGGAGGAGGAUGUGCCUGGCUACGAGUCCUUCGCCGAGGUCGCGCACGACGUCGACCGCGUCCUCGACGUCCUCUGGGUCUCCGCCACUCGUGCGUCCCCCUACAUCUAUAUCUAUGUCAUAGCAGGCGUGGUGAAUGACUUCCUGCCCGCGUAUCCAUGGCAGGCCCGCCGUACCUUUGCCCUGCUGGCCAAGAUGGACGCCGUCUUCGCCUCGCUGCUGCAGGGUGUCAACGUGCUGAGCGGGCGCACGCUGGUCGAAGGCCAUGUCAGCGCCACGGAGAAGGUGAGGAUCCGGUCGCUGGUCGAGGGGACGCGGGUGACUGUCUUUGCCGUGCGAGACCAGCUUGCCGAGGACGAAGAUGAUGGGGAUGAAGAUGAUGAUGAAGAUGUCGAGGCGGAUGUUGGACGGUGGGAGAUGGAGGCGGCGCGGGUACGCGGUCUACGAGAUACGAGAUUCAGUCGCAACGCCUUGGAGUUCCUGUUCGCUUUACGGUCCGUCGGCGCAUCUCUACCGCGUCCACUCUACUGUCCUUCUACCAGACUAACGACAACAGCCUCCGCGAUGUCCUUCCAACCCUUCGAUUCCUUUCAGAACCAGCAUCCCGCCCCCGACGGCGCUGCUAACCCGGCCGCUGCUCCCGCCGGCGACGCCUCCAUGACCGGAACCGACGCAAACGCUGCCCAGUUCCAGGCCGCCGCCGGUGACCCGUCCGGCUCGCCUGGCAGCCAGCAGCCCGACGGCAAGACGACCCUCUGGAUGGGCGAGCUCGAGCCGUGGAUCGAUGAAAAUUUUGUCCGCAACGUCUGGUACCAGAUGGGCGAGCAGGUCAACGUCAAGAUGAUUCGCGACAAGUUCUCUGGAACCAACGCUGGGUACUGCUUCGUCGACUUUUCGUCUCCCGCCGCAGCCGCCAAGGCGCUCACGGUCAACGGCACCCUCAUGCCCAACACCCAGCGUCCCUUCAAGCUCAACUGGGCCUCCGGUGGUGGCCUCGCCGACCGCAGCCGCGAGGAACGUGGACCCGAGUUCUCCAUCUUCGUCGGCGACCUCGGCCCCGAAGUCAACGAAUACGUGCUCGUCUCCCUCUUCCAGUCGCGCUUCCCGUCCUGCAAGUCCGCCAAAAUCAUGACCGACCCCAUCACCGGCCUCUCCCGCGGCUACGGCUUCGUGCGCUUCUCCGACGAGACCGACCAGCAGCGCGCUCUUUCUGAAAUGCAGGGCGUCUACUGCGGCAACCGUCCCAUGCGCAUCUCCACCGCCACGCCAAAGAACAAAGGCCCUGCUGGGCCCGGCGGCCCUGCUCACAUGGGCGGCGUCCCCGGCGGCCCCCCAGCCGGCAUGUACCCUCCCUCCAUGGGCGGUGCUGGCGGCCCUCCCGGCCCCGGCGGGCCCCAGAUGGGCUACUACGGCGCUGCUCCCCAGCCCAUGAACCAGUUCACCGACCCAAACAACACCACCGUCUUCGUCGGUGGUCUCUCCGGCUACGUGACCGAGGACGAGCUCCGCUCCUUCUUCCAGGGCUUCGGCGAAAUCACCUACGUCAAGAUCCCGCCAGGCAAGGGCUGCGGCUUCGUCCAGUUCGUCCAGCGCCACGCCGCUGAGAUGGCCAUCAACCAGAUGCAGGGCUACCCCAUCGGCAACUCGCGCGUCCGACUGAGCUGGGGGCGAUCGCAGAACAACUCUGGUCCAGCUGGCACCCCCUACCGACCAGCUCCCCCGCCGCCAAUCUACCCAGCAAUGGGCAUGCCACCAGCCCACCAGUAUGGCGGUGGCUUCGCGCCAAUGAAGGUAUGUCUCUCUCUCUCUCUCUCUCUCUUCUCCCUUUCUCUUUUACCAUCCUCUUUCUUACCUAUUCUACCCUCCUAG